AUGGGAAAAUUUACAUGGUUGCAUCAAAUCCUUAGUCUCCUCUUAAUGCUGUUCUUUCAUUCCGUGUUCCAUUGUUCCCUGGGGUUGUCUUCCUCUUCUAUUAAUCAGACUCAUUUGUGUUCACCGGUGCACCACUUGGCUUUGAUUCAAUUCAACAACACAUUGUCCAUUGGUGACUCUCCCUCUCACUUCUUAUGUCACGGUACUUCUUAUCCCAAAACAAAGUCCUGGAAUGAAAAUACGGAUUGCUGCACAUGGGAUGGUGUCACUUGUGAUAAGGCAACCGGCAAAGUGAUUAGCCUGGACCUUAGUUGCUCUAAGCUUGCUGGCUCUCUUUCUCCCAACACCACCCUUUUUCGGCUUCAAGGACUCCGACGACUCAACCUCGCUUACAACGAUUUCAACGGCGAAUUGAUUCCGUCUGGGAUAAGUCAGUUAGUGAGUCUAACACAUCUUAAUCUUUCUGGAAAUUUAUUCUCUGGUUUAGUUCCAUCAGAUAUUUCUUUGCUAUCGAAACUGAUUUCACUCGUUCUUUCUCGAACGUCCUGUUGUGGCUUGAAAAUCGAUAGCCACAGUUUUGGUAAGCUUGCACGUAACUUAUCUAAACUAGAAAAUCUUUUCCUCGCCGGUGUAAACAUGUCCAAUGUUGCGCCUGCGUCUUUCAAAAACUUGUCUUCAUCUCUGAAGCGUUUGUAUCUCCUAGCUUGUGAUUUACAAGGGGAACUCCCCAGUGAAUUAUUCCAGCUUGAGUAUCUUGAUCUGAACGGGAACGACUUGACAGGUUAUCUCCCAACGUUCAAUAGGAGUAGUCCUCUCAUGUAUUUGAACCUUUGGGGCUAUGAUUUAAGAGGGCCAAUUCCUGCAGGAAACCUCACAAAACUCACCUAUUUAGAGUUUGGAUACAACAAUUUCCAAAGUCAAAUCCCUGAUGUUUUUGGAAACCUCAACAAACUUACUUAUCUGAGUCUGUCUUUGUAA